UGCUUUGGCAAACACGCCCACCCGGCAAUUACGAAUUUCUAGAGCUAAUUUAAGGCAUCUAACGUGUCAGAAAACGUAAUUAUUCACUUGGUCAAGUCGGAAAGAAGAUGCCUCUGUAUUUGCUGUGUCGGAGCAUGAGAUGAGACGAGGUAUCCCAACAUCAUUCCACCACCAGCUGAAAUCUUCACUGCCCCCACUCAAUAGACACUAAAUAUGGCUACUUUGAGCUCAAGAGUUGUGGCUAGCAUACAGAAGACACUGACCAGUUUCCGAAAAAACCCAAAUACCCAGCAACAUGUUGAUCACUUUACAAUUCCACCAGUGUCUUUCGAUAAAGAUCCAGAGGGUGUGGAGCUUGGUGUUGAUCACCAGAACAAACGGACUGAAGACGACCCAGUCAGAUUUACGGAUCUCCUCUUGGCUGCCACGUUGAUCCAGGAUGCUAUGAAUGGCCGAAACAUGGACUAUAAAACAGAUCCUCGUUCUAUCAGGUCUUACGUUAUGUACAAUAGUCUUGUAAUGAGAUGUCUACUUUAUGCUGCGAUACUGUUGCUGCUAGCCUUGGCGUUGUUUGAAAAACCGGCAGUUAACGGUCUUGAGGCACCCUAUUGGGUGACCAUGACUGUCGAAGGCAUCAUAACCUUGGUGUUCCUUUCACGGUUCCUACACGCGAAACAUUUCGAUACUGGGAAAAACUUCUGGAAUGACAGGAAGAAUAUAACUGUUGUAGUGUGUAUUUUGUUGGUGUGGUUAGACAUGAUUUGUUUCAUUGUCUGGGUCAAUCUGGAUGAUACCUUCGCCAUCCGAUGGUCAAGACCUCUGCGACCAUUAUUCAUUAUCAAUUUUUCUGAUGGACGACAGAUCCGGAGAUCAUUUAGAAAUAUUCGACGAACGUUGGUAGAUAUUCUAAACGUCCUCAUUCUGUUCAUGCUGUGUAUUGCGCUAUUUUCGUUACUUGCCCUUAAGUUGUUCCACAAGCGAAAUCUUACCUAUCCAGAUGGUUCCGGAUACUUUGACAACUAUUUGGAUUCAAUGUGGGACCUGUAUGUUCUCGUCACGACGGCAAAUGAUCCUGAUGUCAUGAUACCCGGCUAUGAUAACAAUAACUGGUUUGCACUAUUCUUCAUCGUGUAUGUGCUCAUCAAUAACUACAUCUUCAUGAGCAUCCUCCUUGCUGUCAUCUAUAACAACUAUCGAAAGCACUUAAAGAAUGAGGUCAAGUCGUACGUUUUUGCCAAGCGAAGAACCCUAGGCAGGGCGUUCAACAUCUUAAAAAUCUGGAAGGAUGGACAUUACGUGAUCACACGGAAAAUUUGGACGAUGUUGAUGAAGGUGUUGGCGCCUGAUCGAAGCUCGGUACAAGUAGAUCUUCUACUGUUUGUUUUGGAUGAGAAUACUGAUGGAUUUAUAGAGAGGAGAGAAUUCUUAAAAGUUGCUGAUCUUCUCAAUGUUGAAGUCACUGAAGUGAAGGACAGGAUAACUUUGUUUGAGAGAUAUAUGCCACGGUGUUACAAAUCCUGGCUUAGUGAGGCUCUCAAAUCUGUUGUCAGGCACAAAUUUUUUCGUUACUUCUUCGACUUUUGCAUCCUCGCGAAUGCUGUGUUCAUCGCCCUCAGUCUAGAUACGGCAGAGUGGUUCUUCUUGGCAUUGUUUACAUUGGAGAUUCUGCUCAAGAUGUACGCUUAUGGAUUCAAGCGCUUCUUCAAAGGACUCUGGAAUAUAUUUGACUUCCUUGUAAUUGGUUCUGCAAUCGUUGCAACAACUAUUGAGGCCAUUGAGGAAGAAACUCUAGAUGAGAAAAACACGCUGGAUAUCCUGUUUGUUUUGAGAGUUCUGCGAAUUAUCAAGAUAAUGGGCAGUAUACAGCGAUUCAAGGUUGUCAUCACUACCAUCAUGAAUAUUGGACCAUCAAUCCUCACGUACGGUGGUGUUGUGUUUGUGUUUUACUAUAUCUAUGCAAUAGUUGGCAUGGAGUUGUUCCAAGGUACUAUCAAGUACUAUGGCUAUGGACCUGGAGUGAAUGAGUCGAACCUGUUCUGUGGAAAUCCGGCUUUAAAUGGUUCGGGCUUCUUUUACUUCAAAUACUGCAGUAACAACUUCAAUGAUAUUCUCAAGUCAUUUGUGUUACUGUUUGAGCUCAUGUAUGUCAACCAGUGGCAUGUUCUGACCCAAGGGUUUGUCUUAGUUACGAAUAAGGCGGCCCGUCUCUACUUCAUCUCCUUCCAUAUGUUUUGUGUGCUUCUCGUCCUCAACAUCUUUGUGGCAUUUGUCUUGGAGGCGUUCAUCCUAGAGUACAAUCUCUCGGCUGGAAAGAUAGAAUCUGCCCUGGAAGUGAAGAUCAAGGAGAUGGGUCUUGAUGUCAAAAGUACGAAGAAAAAGGCGAGAUUAGGGACGAAAGGAGACAAGGAUGACUUGGUGUCCAAUAUGGAGGUCCAGGAUGAUCUUGCAUCCAUAUCGAGCAGCAUGUCCAGCAUCAUAAGCACCCCAGAAGUAUCACCCCCAACAUCUCCCACAUCAGCAACAGUGAUUACAGAUUUAUCCCCAUCAUCAAAUUCGUCAAGUGCAGAGGGGGAUAUCGUUCAAGAAACAACAGCUCCAGUGGAUGGGGAACCUGAUGGGCAGGCUCCACAGAUUCCAUCCUACCUAAAACAGAAGGGGGUGAAGUUUCACCUUAAGAAGAAUAGGCAAAAGAAGGUGCUGGUUCUUCUUGAGGCCAUGUUUGAAAAUGAGAUUGAUCCUGAAGAUUUGGGACCAGAAAACGAGGAGGACAUUGAAAAUAUGCCGUUCCAACCAAUAAACGCAAAUUAUAGAGUUGACAGGAUAUCGUGAUAUCUUAUGUAAAUUACCUGGCGACUUGCAAGUUACACUGUCGCCAGGCAGGUCAUACUCCUCCCCCUGCUGCAUGGAGUGUGGAUUAAAGUGCUCACUCCUGUUGUCUGCUUGUCGUAAGGGUAUUUUAAACAGAUGUGUAUACCCCUUCUUUUUGGAGUGACCCCUCCCCCCAUGUGCAUGUUGUUGUUUGAAUCCGAGGUCACAUUCAUCAUGUUCACUGAGACAUUGGGUGAUAUGAAUAGACUAGCAAAUGCUUUUACUUCAAUUUUGUACAGAAAGGCCUAGUGUAAAUGUACAUGGAGUUUUAGAUAAAAGCAUUUGCUAGUCUUUAUUCAUAUCACCCAUAGAAUCAUCAAACAAACAUUGAUCGCAUGGAAUUUUUUGACUUUCUUAAUAUUAGUGCAGUUCUGGAUCAUAUGUCGAUACUUGAAAUCAUGUAUAUUCAUAAAAGAUAUCAGUGGAUCACAUCAUUAAUUUGCAUAAUAAUGAGCUCGCUUUUUUUACAUCAUACCUUUAGUAUAAUUGCAUGUAAUAUAACAUCAUAAUGUAUUGGAGUAAAAUGACGAAGGUGAAAACGUGCAUAACAUUUGCAGGGCAAAUCAGAUGAGAGGUUUGGCUUAAAGGUCUUCAAAUAUUGUUGUACCUCUAGUCACAUACAUGUAUUUUCUAUCAAAAAGUAAUUAUGAAUUUUUCCAUAUUUUGGAUUGUUAUACAUUGUAAGAUUUUCACUAAUAGUUUGUAAUUAGAAUUAUAUUUUGCUUCAUAUUCUUAUUUAUCAUAGCUAAUGGUAAACGUAAUGAAAUUUUGUAUCACUUUACCAUAUCAUAUAUACAAUGUAUCUGUUUUCAUCAUAAUAUGACUGCGGUGGCCUCCAGUCACAAAAUUAUAGAAUGAGAUUAAGUUUGCAUAUCGAAUCAAU